CACAUGUACAUGAACAUCGUUUUGAGGUUUUGCUGCCUUUUAUAAGUCAGCUGCUGGUCAAUGGCUCAUGCUCGCCAGUAUUACCUCGACCGCUGAAGCAUCAGGAGCAGCAGAAACAGCAGCGGUCGUACAAGCGCGGCAGCAACCGUCCGCAGCAGCAGCCGCACGGGGCGUGCACUUGGCAAGGGCAAGGGCAUGGCCGACAGCAGGAGCGAGCGGCCUGGGACGGCUUGCCUGCACGCCCUCCUGCCUCACCAGCUGGGUAGCCACUACCCCCUAGUGGGGCCCAACGGUGGUGCAGUGGCUGGGGCGAGUAAGGGAUCCAGCGGUCUCCCGCCUCCCCUACGAGUUGCGGCUGUGCUGCGAGAGCGGGAGGCCCGGGCGUAUGCGAGCAGGGGCUUGAAGCAGUGCAGCGCGGAGGCGCAUGCGGAGCUGCAGCGGCGGCUGGAGCUCACGCAUGCAUGGCUCUGAGAGCAAGUACGAUGCGUGGUGGCUGUUGGAAAGCUCGCUCUGCAUGCCUUACCGGUGGCGGCGGCGGCGGCGGCUGGCAGCGGGUUGAUCGGCAGGCGGCGCCAGGGAAGGCAGAAGCAGCGGCAACUUGGUGUCAGGCAGCGCGGCAACGAGCGAAUCUUGGGUAAGGCGGUAUCACGGCACUGGUGAUGGACGCCGGUGUGCGCGACACGGAGUUUGAUCUGGCCCGGGUGGAUGGCGUUGGUUGCAGCAACGUGGCAGCCAAGGCCCAGGCCAACUCCGUGGUGAGGAUAGAUACGGCUGUGUGUGGCACCGGGUCUGGGGUACACAGCACACGGGGGACAUGGCCAGAUGGGAUUGAGCAAGGAAAGACCAUCUCAAGCCUGCAGUGAAGCUGCCCUUACCCCUCCCCUGGGCAGCAGACGACCUUCCAGUUGCAUGUACACAAGCCCUGCGUGGCUGCCAAAUGGGCACGAAUGCCGCCGUCUGGACGGGCUUCGUCUUGUUGUUUUUUAAUACAUGGGCACGAAUCCUGCCCACUUAAGUGCCCGUAUGUAGGUUGGGUGCUUGUCGGUGCGCGACCUGGUGCUGCUUGUGCUGUUCACCUGCAAGGACGUGAAGGCAAGGCGGCGCUGGUCUGCUACCACGGGCCAGGGGUGUCGCAAGCCACUGACCGCUGCUGCUGGGUUGGCCGGCCCGGUGCGGCAAGAGCGCGGUGAGCCGGUGACCCGCGGGAGGUGGUGUGGAAGCGCGCCCGACACGGCAGGCUGCGGCUGCAGCAGCUGAUGUUUGAUUGCCGAUUGUGAAAGCAGCGGUGGCAGGGAUGGCGUGAAGUAGCCAGGAACUCAAUGCUUGCUGGUGUGUGUUGGUUACUGUGCCAUCCACGGGUACGACAUGCCCCCACGGUAUUAGGGCCAUCCGUGGGUCUCGCCAACACGGCCUCCUCACGCCGAAGCAAUGUGUUAAGUUUGCGCCUAGGACAGACGACCACUCAAGACGGUGUGUUGGGGCUCGCGCUGAGACAGGAUCAACUUGUCCAUCUAGCUCCCUACGUCGACGGACCUAGUUCCGCGACGCUUCUUGGCCGCCGACAUCUUGGCCUUAGUCUCAUUUAUUGUAGUAGCGAGGCGCCCGCAUGAGCCUGCCCGACUUUCGCAUGAGCCUGCCCGUACAAAGUACGAAGCAUGGGGUGCAGGGGAGACCCCUCCGGCCCUCAAUCCCCAUGUAAAGGAGCAGGUGGCGAAUUUGAGGGAACAUCGAUCAAGCCCCUUGUGGCGAGAACGCACCCCCAGAAACGCUCAGUCUUUCUCACCCGAGAGGCUCUGGGGCUGUUGUGGGCACCGUGUCUUGCCGUUCCCUGAAGAUGCAAGUUCUGUGGGGGACACAACAGGCGUAUGUUUGUAGAAACGUGUGUACAGCAACCGAUUUACGCAGGGUUGUGUUUGGCAGGCACUGCAGAUGAUGGAGGUUGAAGUGCGGCCUGGUGUUGCCUUGGUGUGUGUGUGAUGGGACAGGGUUCAAGGCAGGUUGCCUUGGUGUGUGGGACAUCAAGCUUAGCGGCAAGAGUGGAACGGCAAGCAGGACAGGCAACAAUUACCCAGGCAUAGUGCAGCAGAGGGGGAGCGAAGAGAAGAGAGCUAGGGCCUGGGGGGCAUCCCUGGUAUUGUUUGAGGACGCGGACAAGAACGGGCAGAGAGCAGUACACGGUAGACUGGGCGGUUGGGCGUGCGACUGGUCAGACGUGGCGACGCCUGUACGUACAGCCCCCGCUACGGAACGUGUACGUAUGUAUGUCCGGGCGGUGAUGAGACUGGUUUGGUA